AUCAGGCUUAGAUGUGAAGAAUACCUUCGUUUUCAUCCAUUUCCCCUUACGCUAUAAAUACAACUAUUUUCUUGUCAAUCCACUCAGUCACUCACUCUCUUCCUCUCUCCCUUGCCCGUGUGCGGAGGGUUUUGGUUCCUUUGUAACAGAUCGCAAGCUGUGAUAGAGCAACACGAGAAUCCAAGAUGCAAGGAGUGAUCAGAGCGAUGCAGUCCAGCGGAGGCAUUUUCAGGAGCGCCAUUCUGAACCAUGUUCGACUUGUCCAGACAGCCGUGCGUCCCACCCUCCUCUCCCGGCCGAAAUCUUUCACUUCCGCCGCUCGGUUGGAGGAGCAGGGGUUCGAGAGCACCACCAUCGCGGAUAUUCUGAAAGCGAAGGGAAAGGUUGCCGAUGGCUCGUGGCUGUGGUGUACCACCGAUGACACCGUCUAUGACGCGGUGAAAUCGAUGACUCAGAACAAUGUAGGAGCUCUGGUGGUGGUGAAACCAGGAGAGGAGAACACGAUCGCUGGGAUUAUCACCGAGAGAGAUUAUCUGCGGAAAAUCAUUGUGCAGGGUCGCUCAUCAAAGUCUACCAAGGUUGGAGACAUUAUGACUGAAGAGAACAAGCUUAUCACUGUUACCUCUGAUACCAAGGUUCUUCGAGCUAUGCAGCUGAUGACAGAUAAUAGGAUUAGGCACAUCCCUGUGAUUGAUGGGAAGAACAUGGUUGGCAUGGUCUCCAUUGGUGAUGUUGUUAGAGCCAUCGUGGGUGAGUAUCGCGAGGAGCUGGAACGUCUAAAUGCAUUUAUUCAAGGUGGUUACUAGAUGAUGACGAAAAACUGGACGGGGUUUAAAUCUUUGCUUUUCGAUCUCAGAAAGAACUUUUGUGAUCUUAAGCUCAGAUUCACAGGCAGUGUCCUGGGCUUGUUUGUUCCUACGUUGUAGGUAAUAACUAAGACCUGUGGUUGAGUAUGUAAAUAUAGAGUCGUGUCUCUGAGCUCUGCUCUUCUUAACUCCACUGGCUGCACUGCAGCUGUGUAAUAAAAUAUGACAUGUCUAGGUUUCAAGGUU